AUGGACACGGAUCUGUUUAUGGAGUGUGAGGAGGAGGAGCUGGAGCCAUGGCAGAAGAUCAGCGAUGUGAUCGAAGACUCGGUGGUGGAGGAUUACAGCUAUAUGGACAAGACCAGCACAGUGUCCGUCAACAUCCAGCCAGUCACUGCAACCCUUCCUGUUGUCGCUCAGACACUGGGCACCCAGUACACUACGGCCGCCACUGUGACCAACACCAUCGCCCAGAACACGGACAACACCAAGAAGACGUUGCUGACGCUCAUCGCCAAUAACAGCGGUUCCACACCAAUCGUGCAGUCCGGCUCCCAACCUCUCAUCCUGACCCAGAACACCACACCUGGUAUCGGCACCGUGAUGACCCAGCCCAUGCUGCGACCCAUGCAAGUCAUGCAGAACGCCAACCACGCCACCAACAACUCGGUGACGGCACAGCCCAUCUUCAUAACGGCACAGGGUUUUCCGGUUAGGAACGUCCGGCCGGUGCAGAACACGGUAAACACGGUGAACGCAAUGAAUCAAGUAGGAAUUGUUCUGAACGUUCAGCAGGGACAGACAGUCAGACCCAUCACCAUCGUACCAGCUCCGGGCACCCAGUUUAUGAAGCCAGCAGUGGGCGUCCCUCAGGUCUUCUCACAGGUGACCCAGGUCAGGCAAGCUUCCACCGUCCCCGUGCGUCCCGCCACCAACACUUUCACCACGGUCAUCCCGGCCACCCUGACCAUAAGGAGCCCGGUGCCGCAGUCCCAGGGUCAGGUCAGCAAGCCGAUCUCCAGCACGUCGACCACGCUGUCGCCCAGCCAGCCACUCCGACAGAUCACGGUGCAGCAGCCGGUGCAGACGCUGACCAUUCCGCAGAACCAGAAUAAUCCCAGCACCAACCCCAAACUAGUGAGCAUUGCCAGUUUUUGUGGCGGUGAAGAGCACCGGUGAGACCAACGACGUGGUGAAGUUUGUCAACGCCAUGAGCGGGAGCCAGACGACCACCCACAAUUCCACCCAGCUCAUCCUCUCCAGCACCGUGGGAAAUAACGGCACCGGCCCCGGCUUGGGCACCGUACAGAAGAGCAUCCAGUUGGAGCCCCUCGGGGUGACGGUAUCGUCCCCAUCUGUGACCCUGCAGGAAAACUUGGAUAGAAAGCACUGCCCCAGAUGUCAGACUUCCUUCCGAGUCGUGGAAGCCCUUCGAGGACAUAUGUGUUACUGUUGUCCCGACCUCGUGGACUUCUCCAAAAAGGCCAACUCGGAGUCCCAGCUGACCCCGCAAGGGGCCAAGUCCACCAGCCCAGACAAGCCGGCCACGGCCACAACUCCCGGCGGCAUGACCUCUCAAUCUGGCAAGAACCUGGAGGACGACGCCUCGCAAGGCAAGCUCAUCAUGUUGGUGGACGACUUCUACUACGGCCGGGACGUCGGUCAGACUUACCAGAUGCAGGGAGCGUCCAAAGUGGCCGCCACCACCUUCCGCUGUCCCCACUGCAACAAGAGACUGAAGAACAACAUCAGGUUUAUGAACCACAUGAAGCACCACGUGGAGCUGGACCAGCAGAACGGCGAGGUGGACGGACAUACCACGUGCCAGCACUGCUACCGCCAGUUCUCCACCCCCUUCCAGCUGCAGUGCCACCUAGAGAACGUUCACAGCUCCUACGAGUCCACCACAAAGUGCAAGAUUUGUGAAUGGGCCUUCGACAGCGAACCCCUCUUCUUGCAGCAUAUGAAGGACACCCACAAACCGGGAGAGAUGCCCUACGUGUGCCAGGUGUGCGCCUACCGCUCCUCCAUCUACGCCGAGGUGGACACGCACUUCCGACUCAACCACGAAGACACGCGGUACCUCCUGUGCGUGUACUGCCUCAAGGUGUUCAAAAACGGCAACGCCUUCCAGCAGCACUUCAUGCGUCAUCAGAAGAACGUCUACCACUGUAACAAAUGCCGCCUUCAGUUUCUGUUCGCGAAAGACAAGAUCGAGCACAAGCUGCAGCACCAUAAAACCUUCCGCAAACCGCGUCAGCUGGAGGGGCUGAAGCCCGGGACGAAGGUGACUAUCCGAGCCUCCGAGGACCCCCCAGGAAUUCUAUGACCACCGUAGACGCCCCAAUGAUGCCGCCACCAGAUAUGACACCCCAGGCUCUCCGCCAUCCUGUGGACACCUUGCCAAUCAUCGCAUUCCCCAACCGGGUUGUGGAGGAGAAGCAGACCUGCCUGGAGUGUAACUUCGAGAUCCCCGACUUCCAUAACCAUUUCCCCACCUAUGUGCACUGCUCUCUGUGCCGCUACGCCACCUGCUGCUCCCGCGCCUACGCCAAUCACAUGAUCAACAACCACGUUCCCCGGAAAAGUCCAAAAUAUCGUUCGCUGUUCAAAAGUUGCAAACCCAGUGAGGAGCUGGUGAUGACAUGCUCAUCCUGCGCCUUCGUGACGCGACUGGGCGAUGCCAUGGCGAAACAUCUGGUGUUCAACCCCUCGCAUGGCUACAUCACCGUCAUGUGUACAAAUAUCUCCCCAGACGUUUCAUGGGUCCUUGAACCUUUCGAGAACAUGGAUGAUGUCACCAGUCCUCCAACCGAAGAUAAGCGCGAACCGGCCCCCAAGGUGUUGCCGGCCCCCAAG